GAGCGGGUGGGCGGGGCUGAGGAAUUGCUGCUUCCCAUUGGUUGUUUGCCGUGCCCGUCCCGCAGGGUGGGGCUGCCAUUGGUCGGCGCCGCGCCCGUCCCGUGGCGGCGGCGGCGCGCGGGGGAAGAUGUCGGGCGGCGACGCGAAGAAGCUGGUGCGCUCCCCGAGCGGGCUGCGCAUGGUGCCCGAGCACCGCGCCGCUCGCAGCCCCUUCGGCCUGGACGAGCCGCCCUGGGUGCCCGACAARGAGUGCCCAAGAUGUAUGCAGUGUGACACAAAAUUUGACUUCAUAACUAGAAAGCAUCAUUGCCGAAGGUGUGGGAAGUGUUUCUGUGACAARUGCUGCAGUAAAAAAGUGCCUCUGCCUCGCAUGUGCUUCGUGGACCCCGUGCGCCAGUGUGCCGAGUGUGCCCUGGUCUCACAGAAAGAGACAGAGUUCUACGACAAACAGCUCAAAGUGCUCAUGAAUGGUGCUACAUUCUUUGUAACUCUGGGAACAUCUGAUAAAUCUGAGCUCAUGGUUUGUCGACUUUCCAACAACCAGAGAUACCUGGUUUUGGAUGGAGACAGCCACUAUGAAAUUGAAAUUACACAGAUUUCAACUGUUCAGAUACUUACAGAGGGAUUUACUCCUGGAGAAAAAGAUAUUCACACUUACACCAGCCUUCUGGAGAGCCAGCCUGUUACUGAAGGAGGCAAUACUCGUGCCAUAGGUAUGAUUCUGCAGUACAAGGUACCUGGGUCGGAGGAGGUGAUGCAGAUGAAGUUUACUGCCAGUGAAGACAUCAGCUGUAACAAGAAGCUGUCAGCAAGCUGGCUGGCAGCUAUGCAUAAGGCAACAAAACUGCUCUAUGAGUCUCGGGACCAGUGAGAACUGCAGAUGUGGCCUCCUGAGGGCACACAGACACCAGCCUCCACAGAUCUGCCUCUCACUUUGUGCUGAUUUGACAGCUGGAAAUAUUUGCUGUUCUUGACUCUCAUUCCAGUGUGGUUCAUUAUGUAAGAACUAGCAAAUGCAAUGUGAGUAUUUUUUUGAACCAUGAGUAUUCACGGUAGUGUGCAAUAUGUAUACAGUUAAUGCUUUAAACAGCCUCACCUUUUAAGACUUUUGUAUAUUUUGUUAAGCCUUUAUUGGCACUUAAUAUGAAAGUGACCUGCACUACAGCUAAUGUACAGCACAACUUUUAUAGUAACCAUUAUAUAUACUGUUUGCUACAGGAAGCAAACAAAUGUGUAUAUCUCUUCUGCAGAGAAUAGCUUUUGGGUAUAGAUCUCAGGUUUUUCCCUUUAUCCAAAUGUUUAAAAUCAAUGUACAAAAAAAAUCUGCCUUAGAUAUGAUUUUGUAGAAAUCACGUGGGUUUUUUUAAACAUUUCAUUUUAAACAUCUUAAAUAUUUCACCAAAUAGYACCAAAUUUGACUUACAUGAACUUGACCUUGAAAUUUUCACUUCUGUAAUAAGCUUCCAGAAUAAUUUUUAGUUUUGUAUUUUCUUUUUUGGUAACUAGCUUUUGUUAAUCUAACUGUAAUGCUCUCUGAACUUGUAUACAAUUUAAUGUAAAAAUAUGAAUAAAUUAAUUCACUUAUUUAAAAAAUGAGGUGUUAUUAUAUUUUUUAAUAUACAACUUCUUUAGUGAUGGACAUCAUGGUCUYUGGACUCUUAAAACUUUGACUUUUUCUAAGGAGCACCCAAAUUUAAUUUCUAAGUUAAUUUCUCACAGUUGGAAUAGUGGGAUACUGGUGUAAGCAGUUUCCAAAAGUGGCACAUCUUCAGUGAAGCUGAUAAAAAAUGGAGCAAAGGUGGCAGCGUUGAUAGGUGGGACCUGGUAAGUUAAAUUUUUUUUUUCAUGCAGACUGACCACAGCCACAUCUGCUGUUGAGACCUCUAUGAAGAGAGUGGAGAAUGCAGCCAUGCCUUAGCAGUACUUUAUUGUGCACAUUUACAUGUUCUCUGAAUUAGUGUAUCAUAGGCUCUUGAAAUCAUCACAUUCAUGUAGCAAAUUCUUCAACAAUAAUACCCUUUCACUUUUCACCACAAUAUAUACAGUUAAUGCUGACCUGUGGUAAAAGCAAGUUACAGCACUGCAGAAAUGGAUAUAUAAAUUAUACACAGAACUUGUACAUGAAGAGUUAAUCAAAUUGCAUACUGUUAAAUGGGAGAAAAAUUACAAGAAAUAUGGCUAAAACUUAUAAUGGGAAAUUCAAAAUAUACUUUUGGUAUAUAAAAUCAUGUACAAUUAAAAUUCCAGUGAAGUGCCUGUUUGUGGGGUUGUUUUUUUUUGCUUGAAACUACCAUGUAGUGGAACAGGUUAUUGCAUAACUUGCCUUGGCAGCAGGWGUGGGCUGCCAAGAACCACAGAAACUGUCCUCAAAUAAGCUAUUGCCUUUCUUAAAUCCUUCUCUAAACCUUGUUUCUUUCUUCUCCUCGACUUGGCAUCUACACGAUCCUUUCUACAUCUAUCCAGUCCUUCAUAUUUUCUUCUAGACUGACUCAGGCAGACUUCAGGUGACACAGUAUAUAUAACCCUUACCAGACUCUUACCCUUUUCAACUAUUGCACUUUCAUCCCUGCAGACAUACAAAUCCCUUAGGCUGCUGCAACUUCAGUACUAACUGUUGUGUCCAGGCUGGACAAGCUCRGGGGAAUUAGUAGGGGAACCUUUACAUUCGUAGAGGUAACACCGGUGCUGUAGGCUGAAUAAUAAGAAAAUAAAACACCAAGUGAAAUAUUGUGUAGGGACUUCGAGAAGUGUACAAAUACUGUUGGUUUUGUUAGUUCUCUAGCUUGAUUCUAAAUGCAAAUAAUGCAAGAUGCUAGACUAGGUAAAGCUUUUGUUGGGGUUGUCCAGACUAGGAUUUAAGUGUUUAGCAUGGUGCCACCUAAAAUCCUAGCCUUCACCAAGCUUUGGUAACUACUUAAUUAUGCAUGUAACAGGUGAAGAUCUCGUGUCCUAGAACCCAAAGAGCUGAUCAGUAAUGAGAACUCAACAUUCACUGGUAUUGAACAAAAAUACCCAAAAUCCUGCCAUGGGACAGUUGCUGUGGGGGGGUUGGAGCAAACUGGACAGCGCAUCUGCACCCUGCAAAUGACACCUCUGAACAUGGAACA